AGUGAUAAAUUGUGAAAAUGCCAGCUGUAGGAAUUGAUCUAGGAACGACGUACUCUUGUGUGGGAGUAUGGCAACAUGGGAACGUGGAGAUCAUCGCCAACGACCAGGGAAACCGUACUACACCAUCGUACGUCGCUUUCACAGACACAGAGCGAUUGAUUGGGGAUGCUGCUAAAAACCAGGUCGCGUUGAACCCUAACAACACUGUAUUCGACGCGAAAAGGCUCAUCGGACGCAAAUUCGACGACCCGAAGAUUCAAGCCGAUAUGAAGCACUGGCCGUUUAAAGUCGUAAGUGACUGUGGAAAACCGAAGAUACAAGUGGAAUUCAAAGGGGAGACAAAACGGUUCGCGCCUGAAGAGAUUAGCAGUAUGGUGCUGACCAAAAUGAAGGAGACUGCAGAAGCGUAUCUUGGCUCCACAGUUCGUGAUGCUGUCAUCACAGUUCCAGCUUACUUUAACGACGCACAACGACAAGCCACUAAAGACGCCGGUGCUAUCGCUGGGCUCAACGUCCUGCGAAUCAUCAAUGAACCCACCGCCGCUGCGUUAGCAUACGGUCUCGAUAAGAAUUUGAAAGGCGAGCGAAACGUUCUUAUCUUCGAUCUAGGCGGUGGUACAUUCGACGUGUCUAUUCUUACUAUCGACGAAGGUUCUCUGUUCGAAGUUAAAGCUACUGCAGGCGACACGCAUUUGGGCGGCGAGGAUUUCGACAACAGACUGGUGAACCAUCUGGCAGAAGAGUUCAAACGCAAAUACAAAAAAGAUUUGCGCAGCAACUCGCGAGCUCUACGACGACUUCGCACGGCUGCCGAACGCGCCAAGCGCACGCUAUCAUCCAGCACAGAAGCUACAAUUGAAAUCGAUGCACUCCAUGAGGGAAUAGACUUCUAUACAAAAGUGUCGCGAGCGCGUUUCGAAGAAUUGUGUGCCGAUCUAUUCCGUGGCACACUUCAACCCGUCGAGAAAGCGCUAGCCGACGCUCGUAUGGACAAGAGCCAAAUCCAUGACAUCGUAUUGGUUGGUGGCUCUACUCGCAUUCCAAAAGUGCAGAGUUUGCUACAGAACUUCUUCUGCGGCAAGAAGCUGAACUUAUCUAUUAACCCCGAUGAAGCAGUGGCAUACGGUGCAGCAGUGCAAGCGGCAAUUUUGUCAGGCUCCAACGACACGCGCAUUCAGGACGUGUUGCUGGUGGACGUGGCACCGUUGUCACUCGGCAUUGAAACCGCCGGUGGCGUCAUGACAAAAAUCAUCGAGCGCAAUAGUAAGAUUCCGUGCAAGCAGAGCCAGACGUUCACAACGUACUCUGACAAUCAACCAGCCGUCACAAUUCAAGUUUACGAAGGGGAGCGUGCUAUGACGCGCGAUAACAACCUUUUGGGUACAUUCGAUCUUACGGGUAUCCCACCUGCACCACGCGGAGUGCCCAAGAUUGAUGUUACAUUUGACAUAGACGCGAAUGGUAUUCUUAACGUAUCAGCCAAGGAGAACAGCACUGGCCGUAGCAAGAACAUCGUGAUAAAGAACGACCGUGGGCGGCUGUCGCAAGCCGAGAUCGAUCGCAUGUUGGCCGAAGCGGAGCGUUAUAAGGAUGAAGAUGAGAAGCAGCGACAGCGCGUAGCAGCACGUAACCAACUUGAGUCAUACGUAUUCGGCGUGAAACAAGCGCUGGAUGACGCCGGAGACAAGUUGGGCGAAGACGACAAGUCUACAGUACGCCGUGAGUGCGACGAGGCACUUCGCUGGCUAGAGAAUAACACACUCGCAGAGAAAGAGGAGUAUGAAGAUAGACUCAAGGAGCUGCAGCGCGUUUGCUCACCAAUUAUGACUAAAAUGCAUGGUGGUGGCGCGCCUGGAGGAGGCAGACAAGGUGGUGGUGGCUGUGGUAUGCCUGGAGGAUUUAAUGGAAUGCCAGGUGGAAUGCCCGGCGGAAUGGGCAUGGGCGGUGGUAUGCCCGGCGGAAUGGGCGGUGGAAUGCCCGGCGGAAUGGGCAUGGGCGGUGGUAUGCCCGGCGGAAUGGGCAUGGGAGGUGGUAUGCCCGGCGGAAUGGGCAUGGGCGGUGGUAUGCCCGGUGGAAUGGGAGGAUUUGGAGGAAUGCCCGGGGGCAUGCCAGGAUACCAGCGAUCUAGCGGAGAUGGCCCCACAAUUGAAGAAGUGGAUUAAAAUACCUCGAUCAUAUAAAAAAGAAUCUCAAUGUUAGGUACAAUUUUAAAAGACUGAUUUGUAUGUAAGUAAAUAAGUAGUUACCUUUAGCAAUUUGUGAUCAUCUGUUGGAUUUUAAUAAUUAAAAUAAAU